AUGGAGAUUCUCAAGAAGACCCUGAUCCUGAUGAUCCUGAUUGUAAAUAAUGUAUAUGAUUUUAAUGAUGGUGAAGAUCCAACUCUAAUAAAAAAACAGGAAAUUAUAGAUUCAGGCGAAGAAGAUGAUAAAUCUAAAAUACUUAAAUUAGUACCUAAAAAGUCACAGACUGUGACACAAGCACAUAUGUGUAAUUAUUGUAAUUACACUACUGGAAAAAGGUAUUUGUUGUCUCGUCAUAUGAAGUCUCAUUCUAAAGAACGUCCUCAUAAGUGUACUGUUUGUGAACGUGGAUUCAAAACUCUAACUUCUUUGCAAAAUCAUGUUAAUACUCAUACUGGAACAAAACCAUAUCAAUGUCGAAGUUGUCCAAGUGCAUUUACUACAUCAGGAGAACUUGUUAGACAUGUUCGGUAUAAGCAUACUCAUGAAAAACCACAUAAAUGUACAAUAUGUGAUUAUGCUAGUGUAGAACUUAGCAAAAUGAGAAACCACAUGAGAUGUCACACUGGUGAAAGACCGUACCAAUGUCCCCAUUGUACUUAUGCAAGUCCAGAUACAUUUAAAUUGAAGCGCCAUUUGCGUAUACACACUGGUGAAAAACCUGUAUUUAAAUGUGACCAUUGUCCAGCCACUUGUGGUCGAAAAACUGAUUUACGUAUUCAUGUACAAAAGCUUCAUACUUCCGACAAACCUAUUAAGUGCAAACGAUGUGGUGAUGCGUUCCCUGAUCGUUACCAAUACAAGGUUCACUGUAAAUCACACGAAGGGGAAAAAUGUUAUAAAUGUGAAUUGUGUCCUUAUGCUUCCAUGUCUCAGCGUCAUCUUGAAACUCAUAUGUUAAUACAUACAGAUGAAAAACCAUUCCAUUGUAAACUAUGUGAUCAGUCAUUCAGACAAAAACAAUUACUACGCCGUCAUCAUAAUCUGUAUCAUAAUCCAGCAUAUAUACCACCUCCACCACAUGCCAAAACUCAUCAGUGUAAUACAUGCCAACGAUCAUUUAGACAUAAAGGAAAUUUACUAAGACAUAUGGAAGUUCAUAUGCAAGAAUCCACUGGAAAUGAUCGAAAUACAGCAUUAAAACAAAGACUAGAGUAUACAGAUUCAGCUAAUGAGGAUGAAUCUGAGGAGGACACAAGUAUUCCAACAAGUGAAACGGAGUUUUACACAUCAACAAGUGUAUCAAUACAACAAGCAAAUCAAUCUUCUUCACCAAGUCAAAAAGACCUUACAUUAUUAAAAACAGCGUCUCUGUUAGACGUGAAACAAGAAUGUGGUGAUGGCGUUGAAAAUUGUUUUGGUUUUGAUGACGAAGAUGAUGAAGAAACAACAAACUCAGGUGGUUAA